GGGCGAUUGGGGCGGAAGUUCCCGGCGUUCUUUGCGUGCACUUCCGGGUUCGGAGCCCACCGGGCGGGCAGUGUAUUCAAAUCUCAGAGUCUUCUUCUGCAAGAAAGAACUGCCUCCAAAACUCCUUGACAAGCCUUAAUUCUUCAGACCACAUCAGGAUAAGGAGGGGAUCAAAGUAAAGGGCAGAAUGUCAGAGCUGAGUGACGAAGCCAGCGAGUCCGAGCUGCUGAGCCGCAGUCUUUCCAUGUGGCACGGGGUUGGUCAGAUGCUCUGUCGGGAAGAACUGGAUGUUCCCCUGGAUUUACACACAGCCUCUUCCAUCGGCCAGUAUGAAGUGGUGCAGGAGUGUAUUCAGCGUGGAGAUGUGGAUUUAAAUAAGAAGAAUUGCGGUGGCUGGACUCCAUUGAUGUACGCUUCCUACAUUGGCCAUGACACCGUUGUGCACCUGCUGCUGGAGGCAGGAGUGAAUGUGAACAUCCCAACACCAGAAGGGCAGACUCCUCUCAUGUUAGCCUCCAGCUGUGGAAAUGAGAGCGUUGCUUACUUCCUUCUCCAGGGAUUUAAACUCUCUUGGUAUCACAGCACAGAGGGGAUGCAGUUAAGAACAUUCUCUGUUCUCUUGAAGCAAGGCGCAGAGCUGGAGAUGAAAGAUAUUCAUGGUUGGACUGCCUUAUUUCACUGUACCAGUGCUGGUCAUCAGCAGAUGGUCAAGUUCUUACUCGACAACGGGGCGAAUGCCAACUGCAAGGAGCCUGUUUAUGGUUAUACUCCUCUGAUGGAAGCAGCUGCUUCUGGCCAUGAGAUAAUUGUUCAGUACCUUCUCAAUCAUGGGGUGAAAGCAGAUGCCAGAGAUAACGCUGGAGCCACAGCGCGGACACUGGCUAUGAAGUAUGGACAUACAAAGAUUGUGGGGUUGAUAGACUUGCAUGCAGCCCCAGUACCCAAGGUCUUCUGCAGGGGUUCAGGAAAGUACGAAGAGCUGAGCUCCUCAGAUGAAUCGUGUUCUGCCCCCCAGAGACAGAGACCUGUUCGCAGGACCAAGGGUCCCAGCAUCCAUGAUGGACCCCAGGCUUUGGCUAAGAUAACAGCAGUUGGAAUUGGGGGAAAGAAGCAGUCUUGCUAUGAGCAAGUCUUGCCUCAAGGUUAUGUAACCUUCAAUGAUGAUGGCAGCUACGAAGCUGAUGAUAUCCGGAACCGGGAUGUUACCUCUCCAAUUAACGAGCAAGAUGUGGAGAGCAGCAGCAGCCGGGAGGAUAACAUUUUCUUCACCAAUAAGUUAGCAGCUGUCAGGAGUAGCAGCAGCAGUAGUGAAUGUCUGACCAAAGCCCUGGGGGUCAGCAGUGAAGGCUCCUUGGAAAGCAAUGAGGAUUCUGACCAUGCAGGCAGUCCUCCUAGUAGGAAACAAGCCAAAAGCUUUAAGGUCAAGAACCGCUACAGCAACAGUGAUGGUCAGUGGACCCACUGCCCAGGAAAGGCUGGAGCCUCUAGUCAGCACCUCAUCUUUCCUGAGCCCCCUGCCUAUACAGGACCCCAGGACCUUGCAACGUUCCUUGAGCAAAUUGGGUGCCUGAAGUACCUGCAAGUGUUUGAAGAGCAAGACGUUGACCUCCGCAUCUUCCUGACCCUCACAGAAAGUGAUCUGAAGGAAAUUGGCAUCACCCUGUUUGGACCCAAGAGGAAGAUGACUUCAGCUAUUGCCCGAUGGCACAGCAAUGCUCGGCCACCCAGCGAUGCCCUGGAGCUGGCCUAUGCAGAUCGGCUGGAAGCUGAGAUGCAGGAACUGGCCAUUCAGCUGCAUAAGAGGUGUGAAGAGGUGGAAGUGAUGAAGGGCCAGGUAUGCCAGGAGCAGAAGCUACGUGCAGUGGCAGAAAGCUGUCUGAUGGAGCGAGAUGAGACCUGGAAUGCUGUCCAGUGCCAGCUCCGAGAGGCUCAGACCGUCACCAAGGAUGCUGGGGUCUUGCUGGACCAGAUCAAAUCCUGUCAAGCAGAGCUGUCCUCCCGGCUGACACAAGAGCAGGCAACUGGCAGAGUGCUGGACACAAAGGGGCAGCUGGGAACUGCACGGGAUGGGUGGCCGCCGUCCUUGAAGUCUCUGAGUUUGCCUGAGUUGUCAGCUGUCCUUGAGAAAUGUGUGGGAGAAAUGGGAAAAGCUCUGCAGAUGGUAACUCAAAACCUCCAAAGGCUCCAGGCCCCAGGGCAGGGUGCGCAGAGCUGGCUAGAGCCGUAACAAAGCAGGAUGGAAUACCGACGUCGGGUGACUGUUCCACCCGGAACCUGAGCGUGCCUGGGAGAAUGAGCACAAGGACUGUGCUGGCAGUGCUGCAGCUCUGUGGAGAGUGUUGUGACAGCUGGCAGAUGUGUGGACAGAGGUCUCGGCCAUCAGAACAUGCCUGGGAGAUCAAGGGAUGGCAGAGGACAAAGACACAGCAGCUCUCUGGGCCUGGUUCCCCUCUAGGUUUCCAGGACUGAGCUGUUUGUUCCAGAAGUUCGAGUUGAGAGAAGAAGCAUUGAGCCCAAAGGAUUUAUUUGCCUUAAACUUCCUGCAGCCUUUGUUGUUCAGACCUACAUUGUGUUAGAAAGCUGGCAGCUGCCCACAGCCAUCUACUAAUUAUCCUUUCCCACAUUGUGUUGGAGGCCUUGGGGAGGACACAUCGGUGGUUCCCUUCAGCCUGCCUUGGUUCAAUUCAGAUUCUUGGCCCAUUCAGGGGUCAUUUUGAUCAUGGUCUCUACUACCAGAAAAACUUUUCUGUGGCAGAUGCUUUGUGACAAGCAUUUACAAGCAGCAGACUCCAGUGGUCAGGUCUGCUGGUGCCAGGAUCCUGGUGCUGACAGUGGUUGCAAAGCAGAUGUGUCCCUGGAAAGACAUGAGAGAGGAGGAAAAGUUCAAGACUGUUUGGUCUGCUUUGCCUCUGGCAAGCAGCAGAGUUCCAAGGCAGGCCAAACAAGGACUGAGGGAUAGAUCUGUAGAGAUGGAUGAAAGAAAUCCAUUCCCAAAUGUAACCAUACUGCCAUGCUUCAGUCCUCAGCUGCUGCCUGCUCUUAGUUUUCAGGCUUCAGUGUUGGGAUGGAGCCCUGCCAAGGCAUUCUGGUGUUGGCAGCACAGUGUAGUUUCAUAGGGCAAACAAAAGGUGUGGGGAAGGGGCUGCCUCCUGAGGGGGACAGCCUGAUUUCAUGGAGCUCCGCGAAGGAUCACGGAGUGAUGGAAUUGUAGGGGUCGGAAGGGACCUCCAGAGAUCAUCGAGUCCACAUUGGCCCUGGUGACUGCUACAUGGGUGUAAAAUGGCUUCCAGAACUGCAGUGACUCCAUCCCUGUGUCCUGCUGAGUCCUGGGGGAGAAUUACCUUCUGUCUGACUGAUGGCCUUGAUGAAUUUGGAACAGUCUCCAUCUAUUCUCUGGGAAGAAGCUGCGUGCUCUUUCAGCACCUCUGAUUAAGGGCCAGAAAAAGUACAAAAAUCCAUCUCAGCUCCAUCCUUUGAGCUUGUCACCCCCGAUCGGCUGCCCGCAGCCAUUCAGAUGAGCUGGAGCUCAGUCUGCCAUUGGUUUGACUGUGCUGCCUGGGGGCACAGAGGUGGGUAUGGUCUGUGCUGUGCACCCGCAGUGCUGCAGCUCAUAUGUGCUUGGCAGCGUGCUCAGCUGGGGUGUGUUGCUUCCUACUCACAUUUAACUCCUGUCCUUUGUUCCUUCUUAUAGAGUAUGGGUAGGCCAGAGUCUCAGAAAGUGUGAAAGAAGAAGGGAGUUCCAUGGGAUGGGUUCUGUAGGGGCCCAGAGGCCCCAGGGGGGGAUCACCAGGAGUGGGGUUGUAUAUGGUAGUGUUCCAUUAAGGACAGUAAUUCAGUAUUCAGUGCUGAACGGGCAGCUGUGUGAGCAGCAGGGUGUCUGGUGCUACCCCAAGUCCAGCUGUCCGUAUGAAGUGUGACAUUUGUUACUCAGCUAAAACAAUAAAAGCUGAAAACCUGU